CCUCCGAGAUCCACAUUCGCGAGUGGACUGAGCACGAGUUCUGACGCCGACAGAUUUCACAUACCUACAUUUUAAUCGUUAAAUAACUAUUACACUUGUUUAUAAUGGCACAGUACUCAUGGAUCAUACUUUCGGUGUUGCUGACAUGCUGCCUUUUAGAGGUAUCUUCGCGGCCUUCUGACAGCGAGUCAGCGUCUUCGGUGAGAUUCGAUAUACCUGAAGAAGUAUCGGACGACAUCAACGAUGAUGAAGAAUUACCAAGAGAACAAAUUGGAUAUCCUGAAAUUGAUAAUAAUAAUACGCGAGAGAUUUUAGACAAAAUAAGUGCUAUUAACAAAGGACUAAUAAAACCCAAUAGGAUGAGAAACAAAAACUCGCAAACUCAUACUCUUGGGGAUUACGUGCUGGACGCAUAUACUUUGGAGAAAAUACAGCAAAUUAUAUCAGAUAGCAAACUAAAUAGUUACUCUAAUGUUCAAAAGAAGCAAGAGAGUAAUUACCUUGCAAAUCAAAAUAUUAAUGAGAUUCGAUAUGGCAAUUCAAGAGCAUUGCAUUAUGGAGCACUCCCAGCUGAUUUAUCGGCUGCUAAUCAAGCGCAGAGCACUACGGCACGUGUCCCAUAUAUCACAAGUAUACCUGUUCUCGUUAUGCCUUCACCAUCAAAUGAUUUAUACGAUAGAUAUGCACAAAACUAUUUUAAUACCAUAGAGUCUGACUCUCAAUUCCAGUCACGACAGAGACCACCGAUUUCACUUCCUUUUAAUAUAAAUUGGCCAUUAGCGCCAUAUUUUCCUAUUUUAGUUAAAGAUCCAUUACUUGGCUUCCUUCAUGGCGGCGGAUGGAACAAUUUCAUUGAAUAUGGCCAAAACGCUGACGUGUGUAACAGAAAGCAAAAAGCUAUAGAAGACGGUACUGAAGAAAUGACUGAAGUCGAAUUAGGAGAUACAAAUGAAAAUGUAAAUUUGUUCGUACCGGAAACUAAAUCAAAUGCUAGAGAAGCAAGAGCAAUCAGAAAAAGGACUGUCUCUACCGAAGCUCCUAAUAUGAAAAUUCCGGAUAAUUCAAAAAAACUGAAAAAGUUUUUCAACAAACCCGCUGCGUUAACGACUGCUGCAAAACCUGUCAAACCCGAAACACCUGCAAAAGGCACAAAAACCGUGCCAAAAGACGAUGAUUUGAGAUUUCACAUGGCUGGACUAUCGCUAUUUGGAGGUCGGCCAUCUGUGCCUGCGUAUAAUCCUGGGUUCUUCAUAAAUAAGCUUAAAGUGAGAAGAGGAGGCGUAGCUAUUGCGGGUCCGGGUGGAGUAGCAACUGCUGGAAAGGGAGGAGCAGCUAUAGUUGGUCCUGGUGGUUUGGCCUACACGCAGCCAGGAGGCCUUGCUAUCGCCGGGCCAUCUUCUCGAGUUGUGGCUCUCACCUCUGACGUAGACCUUUCAACCAUCGUGACUCGUCUGCAGCAGCAGCAAGCCGCUACCGAUGGAGGAAGAGAAUAUUCUGGAUACGACGCGUAUAGUGGAUACGACCAACGACCGGAAGAGUACCAAUUUGAUGGAUUAAACUUUGUACAAUCGCCGGCUGUCGAAGACAGUACUUUCACUUUGUUUUUGAAACCAGUUGCGCAUGCCGUAAAUGGCCCUAAGGGAACGGCGAUUGCGAAUCCAGUUUCUCAUGUGAUCAUAGGGUCUGGGCAGAAGGGAAAUAUAGUGUUUAACCCUAGGGCGUCCGCUAUAGUUGGCCCCGGAGGCAUUGCUCAUGCCCAAUCUGAUCUCUACUUGGCAACAGUCCAAUACCUGCCAUUUUACGGCGGCGGCAAAGGCCAAUAUCUAGAAGUAAAGACCAACAAUCGAGGAGUUAUCAUCAGUGAAGUCAUAGUAUCAGAAGAAAGAAUAAGCAGCGAAAACGUAGUUAAAAACAUAGAUGAGAGCCUCUUGUCGAAAGUACUAGCCAAGAAUCUGGAAAACCUCCAGUCUCUAUCUAGUGGUUUGAUAAAGCUUCAUAAUCUUGGGAGAAAGACUGGUGCUUUAAGUAACAGUGACAAGGAAAGUUUCCGGUCCCAACUGGCAUCCCUGGGAGAGGCUGCUUCAAAUACUAUCAAGCUGAUUGAUGAAGUUGGAGAAAAUGUUGACGUUUUGUUUAAAAGUGUAUCGAAGAGGCAGUAUGAAAAUGACGAGGAAUAUGUCGGUGAAGAGGGCGUUGGUAUUGACUCACCUGACGAUGACGACAACAUUGGACUCCCAUUAGCGGGCAUCACUAUUGCUGAAGCUAAACCUGUUGGUCUAGCAGUAAUAGGCGAGCAGGGUCUCGCAGCUUCUCGCCCUCAUGCCACCGCCGUGGCCGUGUCAGGCAUCGCGCUCGCCCGCCCCAUUGCCACCGCCAUCGCGGGUGUCAACCCUGCGCAACUGGGCAUUAACUUCCAAGUCAAUAACAAACAUAAAGCAUAGGCUUUUAGGUAUCGGUACAUUACCGAAGCUGAGCCACGUCUUACCUUACAAGCGGCACU